AUGCUAGAAACCUACAGUAAUCUGUCCUACAUUGGUAAAUAUGAAGAAAAUGCAAAUAUUGAAGAGGACUUCAGAAAUCCCAGUAGAAAUAUGAGACAUAAAAGAACUCACACUGGAGAAAAACCAUAUGCAUGUAAGCAAUGUGGGAAAGCCUACUCUUGUUCCAGUACACUUCAUAUUCAUGAAAGAACUCACACUGGAGAGAAGCCCUAUGGAUGUAAACAAUGUGGGAAGGCCUUCACUUGUUCCAGUCAGCUUCAGAAACAUAAAAGAACUCACAAUGGAGAGAAAUCCUAUGUUUGUAAGCAAUGUGGUAAAGCCUUUAUUCGUUCCAGUCACCUUCAGAAACACAAAAGAACUCACACUGGAGAGAAACCCUAUGGAUGUAAGCAGUGUGGGAAAGCCUACGCUUGUUCCAGUACCCUUCGUAUUCAUGAACGAACUCACACUGGUGACAAACCCUAUAGAUGUAAACAAUGUGGGAAAGCCUUUCCUCAAGCCUGUCACCUUCAAAUACAUGAAAGAACUCACACUGGAGAGAAGCCCUAUGCAUGUAAGCAAUGUGGGAAAGCCUAUACUUGUUCCAGUACCCUUUAUAUUCAUAAAAGAACUCACACUGGAGAGAAACCUUAUGCAUGUAUACAAUGUGGGAAAGCCUUUUCUGGUUCCACCUGUCACCUGCAGAGACAUAGAAGAACUCACACUGCAGAGAAACCCUAUGGAUGUAAGCAAUGUGGGAAAGCCUUUACACUUUCCAAUCACCUUCAGAUACAUGAAAGAACUCACACUGGAGAGAAGUCCUAUGUGUGUAAGCAAUGUGGGAAAGCCUACACUUGUUCCAGUACCCUACGUGUUCAUAAAAGAACUCAUACUGGAGAGAAACCCUAUGGAUGUAAGCAAUGUGGGAAAGCCUUUACUCGUUCCAGUCACCUUCAGAAACAUAGAAGAACUCACACUGGAGAGAAACCCUAUGCAUGUCAGCAAUGUGGGAAAGCCUACACUUGUUCCAGUACCCUUCGUAUUCAUGAACGAACUCACACUGGAGAGAAACCCUAUGGAUGUAAGCAAUGUGGGAAAGCCUUUACUUGUUCCAGUUACCUUCAAAGACAUACAAGGAUUCACACUGGAAAGAAACCCUAUGUGUGUAAUCAAUGUGGGAAAGCCUUUACUUCUUCCAGUCACCUUCUAAUACAUGAAAGAACUCACACUGGAGAGAAACCAUAUACAUGUAAGCAAUGUGGGAAAACCUUUACUAAUUCAAGUAACCUUCAAGUACAUGAAAGAACUCACCCUGGAGAGAAACCCUUUUGA